AUGAAGCUACCUCCCAUCGCGGUAGCCUGUCUUUCCGCUCUCGCCAUAGACUCAUGCAGCAACGUCAUCGCGCAACGCUUGAAAGCAUGGAACGAAUCUAAGCCCUUCGUCUUCGACCGCGUCCUCUUUACCCAGUUCGCCAUCAUGGUCGUACUCACCGCGCCCAUCAACUACCACUGGCAGAAUUGGCUCGAGCGCGCGUUUCCGGGCUGGAAGACCGUCAAGCAAACAAGGGCUGUAGGCGAAGGUGAAGAGGAGAAGGGCAUAAUGCUGAGAGGUGAUGGAGAAGGAAAGGGCAUUGUGGAAGAAGAGGUUAGAGUGAGGAACUGGUGGAAUAUCUUCAAGAAGUGGUUUACGGACGUGAGUGGCCUAUGCUCCAAUUGUGGUGACGGAUUAAAGCUUACUCGCGAGAUACAGUGCAUAACCAUGGGCGCGCUACUGAACCAGUCAAUGUUCCUGAUUCUGAUUGGUCUCAUGAAGGGCAAGACAGUUGCGAUGAUUGGGCAGGACUUCAGAAACGAGCUCUUCGGUCUCAUCUUCGAUUCGUACAAGGUCUGGCCGAUUGCCAACUUCUUUAGCACCACCUUCAUCCCUGUCGAGCGUCGUAUUGUCUUCCUCAGCUUCUGCGGUUUACUGUGGAACAUAUAUCUGAGUCUGGUGGCAGCUCGAUUGUAG